GCCGUGUCCGGUUUCUGUGGUUGUUCCUGCGAAGAAUUGUGUUCGUGCUUCACACUGCUCGCUCGGUACGAGUAGUAAAAUGUAGCCAAGGUCGGAAAUGUUCGUCAGGGGUGGAUGAGAGGAGAGGAAAAGGGGAGGCACCUGUGAGACGGAGCAGGUCAGCCUACCGCGGUGUCAAGUUUACGUUAAUCCCGACGAGGUACAGUUUCAGACAUAUUUUGUCAAGCGGAGGAGUCAUCAUCGGUUCAGCUCCAGCAUUAUGAAUACGUGUUGUUAUCACGGACUUAACACUUAACUUAACGUGUGAGGUGAGCUGUGACUGCCCCCCCUUCUUUGUCUCUCCGUACACCUGCAUGUACUGUGGGCAGCCCCGGCCCUUCGGAGAGGCGCUGUGCUCAGAGACUGUGCUGCACUAGAAGAACCCAUGGCUUCUGGCACUCCUUGUCCCUCUGUAGGCCGCAGGCUCAGGCUGCUGGAGUUGCUACUCGGGCCUCUGUUGGUCUUGCUGGUUUCUGGGCUGGGACCAGCACUGGGUCAGAAGGUCUACACCAACACAUGGGCUGUCCACAUACCUGGAGGUCAGGAGGAAGCUGAUCAAAUUGCCAGUAAACAUGGGUUCAUCAAUUACGGACAUGUAUUUGGAGAUUAUUAUCACUUCCGGCAUCGUACAGUGGUGAAAAGAUCGCUGUCAGAUCACAGGGGGACACAAGUCCGACUUUCAAGAGAUCCCAAGGUGACUUGGGCCGAGCAACAAGUGUCGAAACGGAGAAAAAAGAGGGAUGUUUUCGUAGAACCGUUAGAUCCCAAGUUCAGAGACCAGUGGUACCUGUACAACAGCAACCACCGUGACUUGAAUGCCAAAUCUGCGUGGCAGUUGGGCUACACGGGUAAAGGUGUGGUGGUGUCCAUCCUGGAUGAUGGAAUAGAGAAGAACCAUCCUGACUUGAUGCAGAACUACGACCCGGAUGCCAGCUACGAUGUGAAUGAUGGUGACCCAGAUCCUCAGCCUCGAUACACACAGCUAAAUGACAACAGGCAUGGAACACGAUGUGCAGGAGAAGUGGCAGCAGUAGCCAAUAAUGGGAUCUGUGGAGUCGGUGUGGCCUACAAUGCCAAGAUUGGGGGUGUGCGUAUGCUGGACGGCGAGGUGACUGACAUGGUGGAGGCCCAGUCCCUCAGUCUGAAUCCCCAACACAUUGACAUCUACAGCGCCAGCUGGGGCCCAGAGGAUGAUGGCAAAACUGUCGACGGACCUGCCAAACUCGCCAAAGAAGCUUUUCUGCGUGGAGUUACAGAGGGUCGUAGUGGUUUGGGCUCCAUCUUUGUGUGGGCUUCUGGGAACGGAGGGAGGGAGAAGGACAGCUGUAACUGCGACGGCUACACCAACAGCAUCUACACCCUGUCCAUCAGCAGCUCCACCCAGAACGGCAACGUCCCCUGGUACAGCGAGGCUUGCUCCUCCACCCUCGCCACCACCUACAGCUCGGGGAACCUCAACGAGAAACAGAUAGUGACGACAGAUCUCAAAUCAAAAUGCACAGACUCUCACACAGGCACAUCUGCCUCCGCUCCGCUGGCUGCUGGGAUCAUCGCUCUUGCCCUUGAGGCCAAUAAAAACCUGACAUGGAGGGACAUGCAACAUCUGGUUGUACGAACUUCUCACCCUGCCCACCUGCUCACCAACGACUGGAGAACCAAUGGUGUUGGGCGCAAAGUUAGCCAUUCAUAUGGAUAUGGUCUACUUGACGCCAGUGCAAUUGUUGCACUGGCAGAAACGUGGACCAGUGUGAGGCCACAGCGGAAAUGUGUGAUCACCAUGGUCUCUGAGCCAAGGAACAUUGGCAGCCAUUUGUUGAUUAACAAGACUGUGGACGCCUGCAUCGGGACAGACAGCCACGUGUCUUCAUUAGAGCACGUCCAGGCGCGGCUCACCCUGUCCUACAACCGCAGAGGAAACCUGGCAAUCCACCUCAUUAGUCCUGCUGGCACACGCUCCACUCUGCUCCACCCCAGGCCUCAUGACUACUCAUCAGAGGGUUUUAACGACUGGGCUUUCAUGACCACCCACUCCUGGGACGAGAACCCCACUGGGCCGUGGACACUGGAGAUUGAGAACGUGGCUGGUGCCAGUGACUAUGGCACUCUGACCCAGUUCACCCUGGUGUUGUAUGGCACCGGCUCAGCAUCUUCCAGCUCCUCUGACAAGGCUCAGCCUGGCAGUGACAACUGUAAGACCUUGGACCUGAGGCAGAUAUGCAUCGAGUGUAACGCCGGCUACUACCUCUAUAAGCAGGGCUGUGUGAAAGAAUGUCCAGCAGGCUUCUCAGUGGGCUCCCAGCCUCUCAACUACACAGUGGGAAACUUUAUACCACCAGCAUCCGUCCCAGCCUGCCUGCCCUGCCCACCGCCCUGCCUGACCUGCAGCAGCCUCAGCCCUCAGGCCUGCCUAUCCUGCCCCCCCCACAGCUCCCUGGACUACAUCUCCGGCACCUGCCUGCACCUUAACCAGUACAUGCGCGAGUCCCCUGGCAGCUUCACGGUGGGCCAGGGGAACCCGGGAAUGCAGCCCCAGCUCAGCUCCCGGCUGCCCGUCACCGUCGCUGUGCUAAGCUGCAUGGCCAUCAUUGCUACCUUCGCUGGCACCUUCCUGCUGCUGCAGCUGCGCUCAGGCGCACUCAUCAAGAUGCCCUCUCUGGAGGCUGGCGGCGGCCUCGGGGGAAAUAGGGUGGUGUCGUACCGUGGCAUUCCGACAGUGUGGGGUGAUGAUGGGGUAAAUACAGACUCUGAUAACGAAGAGUUUGACGUCCAAAAUGAGAGGACUGCCUUCAUCAAAACACAAAGUGCUCUUUAAUGCCUCCCCCACAUCUCUCUCUCUCUCUCUCUCUCUCUAAUUCUUCUCACCCUCAUUUGUCUGAUAAUUCAGGGCUGUGGUAACUGCCCUCUCACAGUCUUUUCUAGUUUUAUUUCUCGUCACUUUUUUUCCUGGCUCUGUCUAACCGGGUUCUCAUCCAAGUCCUGCUUCAGGAUCUGCUGUGGGAGUCCUGAUGGGAAGCCGUUAUCUGUCAGAGCUCGGGAUGGUCCGAGCUUGGCUCUGUUCACACUUGGGCGCUUUUCUAUUAAACUGGCUCUCUCCCUCCUCUUGCCCUUAAUCACUAACAGUGUCUGUCUGUGUGUAGAGAGUCCAUUUCCCCCUCCAGCUCCAGCUCAUUUUUGUUACAGUAAACAAAUGAUUAUUAUUUGCUUCUUUUUUUCCCUCUCUUUCCAUCAGUCUCAGUGCAGUAGCCAGAUGAGAUUGUUGAAUGUGCGGAGUAAAGAUGUGUGUGUGAAUGUGAGCAUGUAAAUCUGAUGAACAGUGUACUGCCCUUUAUAGAGAAGCUAUGGUCUUGUCACAUUUAGUACUCUAACUUUAAAGUGAUAGCAAAAAAUUGUAUUACGAUGAAAUCGGAUUUAGAAACAUUGAUCCUCUCUGAAGUGUCGUUUUGUGACAUCAACGUCCAAAAUCUGUUCAUAAAAGUACCACUUAUCUGUGGUGAGUCACAGUGUAUUUUAAAAAUGCACAAAUCAACAGCAUAAUAGUUGUCAAGGAAAUGUCCAGACUUUAAUGGUUUAUAAUCAUUUGUCACCAGUCAGAUAAACAAAACAGACUGUCUUAGAGCUUCGCUGUCGUCUUUCUCUUUAUGAGACGUUUUGUAUUUACUACUCAACAAAAUCCAUCUUUCACACAGUCUUUUUUUUAUCUGUAUAGUUGUAGUUCUUGUAGUUAUACACUCAGUCUGGAAAGAUCCCUCUCAGCUCUGGCAGAACAAACUGAGUCACACAAUUAGCAAAGCUUCUUCAGCCUCUCGGGAUUCAAGAUAUACUCGAUUUAUCCCGGUUUAGAAACUAUAAGUUCUCCUGCAUUCAUCACCUCCCCAGCCAUCACAUGGAAGGGUAUCAAAAGAGUCAGAUAAAUAAAGAUAAUUUAAAAAAAACAAAAAACACACAGGCUACUCCAUCAACCCUGAGGCACAAUCUAUCCCUUCCAAGUAUAUUUAAUUUAAUGUCUGUGUUUUAUGUGCUCAUAGUCCGGGGCUGAGAGAGAAGCAGCCCAAAUGCUGAUGGGACCCAGAACAGUAUGACUGUUGAGCAGAAGAGCUUCUCAAAAGCAGCUGGCAGGUGUUCAGUUACCUGUGAUUGAUUCCUUCACAGAGCAGACGCUGUUAACAAUACAUCAAGGCUUUCCCUUUUGUCAUAUCAUAUCAUAGUGUGUGUGUGUGUGUGUGUGUGUGUGUGUGUGUGUGUGUGUGUGUGUGUGUGUGUGUCAGUCAGAGAGGUCGCUAAGUGCUCAUGAGGUCUAGAAAUAUGUAUCUGCCCUCUGAAGUGAAGGUUUCCUUCAUCUCACAGUUCGCCGCUCUCUUCUUCAAAUCUUGAAUGCUGUUUAGAAAUCGAGUGCGAGACUCCACAUCUCGUCAGUGUCUCUGUGCUUACCCUCCAGUCUUCAUUUAAUCUGAAUUUCAGAUUAUCUCUUCAGCAUACUUGCCAAUUAAUUAUAUUCUGAAUGAUACUCAGUAACUAUUUAUUCUGAGAGAUUUUAAUCAUUCCUUUAGGGAAGAUUGUUUUAAAGAGAUCCUUUUUCUCCGGGGCUGGUUAUCAUCUAAAAAUGUGCAUCUCAUGAUUUAACCCAGUGUAGCCAUUUUGAAUACAUUAAUCGUUGUUGAAAUUCAGAUUUUUCUUUUUCAUUUCCAGUACAAAAACGGUGGAGCUUGCUGAGAGAGGUUGUCAUGGUGAUGACAUGCAUACAAAACUGCAGCUGCUCAUCCAUUUAAAAAAAUUUUUUUUUUAAUCUACCUCUCAUAACAUUCAGCAAGGUUUCAUACACCGUUAGAGGAGCUGUUUAAUGAUUAUAGAGGUCAAAUUAUAUGUAUGUCAGAUAUGAAAACGAUUGUCGGGAAAGCUUUUAGGAGAAUAGGCAUGCAAGUCAAAUUUAUGUCUUAGAAGAGAAACAAGCAAUUGUGAUUCAGAAACUGUAAAGCUGCUGUAUAAAUUCUAGUCUGCUGAACCUCUUAUCUCUUCUAUAAUGUAUUGCCUUUAGAAGCAGCAUUCAUGGGCAGGCACACCUGGGCUUUAAAACCUGUUAUUGAAAAUAGAAUUGUCCAUAGAUCUUGUUGGGGGCAUUUUUCUUUCUUUCUAAUACUCAGUGUUUAUCUGGGUGGCUCCAUCAGGGGUGAAUACCUUUUUGUUCAUAAGUUUGUCACUGACAAUCAAAUAAUUUCCUUGUUUUGAGUGCACAAGCACACAAAACUAAUCAAUUUUAAUUUAACCACUGGUGUUGGAAGGCUUUCUCAGAAGGUAUUCUUCAUAAAUAUUCAGAGCUAAAUGUGAUUUAAAUUGCAAAUUGAUCAGAGAGAAAGAGGGGAAAAAACAUCAGAGAAUAAAGAGUUUCAGACCAGUACCUUCCAACAUCCUGUUCAAAAAAAAAAGAUAGGUAUGUAUGCUCUCAAACACUCACAGCACUGAGCUAGGAAGCUUAAUUCAUCUCAGAUGGCCAGUGCAGGUGUACAUUUGGCUUAUCGCUACAGUUUCAGCCAGGAAACACUAAACUGGAUUGGAAACCAAUCCGAGAAUGUGGAUUUAGAGAAAGUGACCUAAACAGGAACAGAGCUAAUGUUGCUGCAGAAUAACGAACGUGUGCUGCAUCGCUUUGUGUGAUGUACAUUAGUGCCUACUGCCAUUUAGGCUUCGAUUAGUCCCAGUUUAAGAAGGUUGCUAAUUUAAAAAUGUAAUAACUACACCCUCAGACUUGAGCCACAAAUCGUUUUGACUUCCCAGCUUGGUGGGAAGUGUGUAAACAACAGAUAAUGGGCUAAUGCAGCCCCAAAAUUGCUUCCAUAAACUAUUUUCUUAAAGUCUGGAUGCUAAGAGUUUGCUUCUUUAGAAGAACUAUAAUGUGGAACUCUGAGCAAUGCAAUUAGUAUUGAUGCUCAGUCUUAUCAACAAUUAUCCAUUGUGCUUCUUCCCUUACAAAAGAGUUGUAUUUCUUCCAGAAAGAAUAGUUUCUUCUCAAGUUCAACAUUUUGGGGGUGUUCAGACAAGUUUUAGUGGCCCCUCGAGUGCACACACAAAAUGAUUGAUUCAUAUUAGCUUGAUGUUGUAUUCACUACAGCUUGAAAACUCAGAAAACUUUGUGCAUUCAAGUGUUCAACAUUUAAGAAAAUCAUGAAUGCUCGCAGCAUUAAAUAGCUAGUGCUUCUAAAGCACAGGGAGCUGCUAAAAAACCAUUAGCUCCUUACACUGCAAGAUUGUGAUGAAAACUACACACAAAAAAAAAGAGGUUCUCUAAUUGUGUCAGAAAGCAGCUCAUCAUCAUAAGGCUGCCACUUCACUGACCCUUAAGUGUGAAGCCUUUUAAUAUAGAAAGUAACAGGAACGUUACAAAAAAAAAAUCAGCUUGUCGCAAAUUGUCUCCUCUGGCUAUAAAGAAAAGACUCGCUCAUGGGAAUGAUGGAGGCUUUUUUCUUCAUACAGCUGAUUUCUUUCAUGUGGAGCUCGAUGUUGCUUCAGUCCUGCCUUAGGAUGUAGUCUUAAGUGAUCAAUAUGAAGUCGGAUGAAGUUAAUAGGAGCAAUAUCUUUGGCAUAACCAAAGACAAUCAUUUUAAUGCUGUCUGUUUAGUGUUACGACGUGCUGCUUUCAGGUUGUCACAGUCCAUCGACCCCCUUCACUCGUGUUCAAAGUGUUUUGUUGACGUCAUUCUGUCAAGAUCUGCAGCGACACCCUGUAUGUUCAGCAGCUGUGGAGGGAGGAGGUAGAAUGUAUCCCAUCUCCAUUAACUUAAGGGCUGAAUCAGAUCUGCGUGUCUGUGUGUGCACAUACUUGUUUAAGUAUAAAUGAAACACUUUGAUGGAGGAGGGGGGCAGAUAAUGGAGGAGCCCCCUCAGACGACUCUGUCGACCUUCUCCCGCCUCUUUGUGAGGUUCCUGGCCUGUUGCUGCACACAGUACCUUGCAGAUUUGUGACCUAUGAAUAAUGUACAAGAAUGACUAUCUUACAUGGGACAUAACUCUAAAAUAAGGCCUAUUUUUGUACUAUAUGAAUGGUGCAGUGUAAUUUUCUUGUAAUUUAAAGAUUUUUUUGCUCUUGUUUUUUUUUCCUUUUUAUUUAAUUGAUGUCAAUUAUAGAUUCUACUAAAAUAAUAAAGAUCUAUGCAAAUUUGAA